UGGUAUCAAUUUUAUAUUGUCAAUCAACAAAACAACCCACACAAAAUGUUCAAAUUCAUCGCUGUUUGCUUCUUCGCUCUCUUGGCUGUUGCUGCUGCCAAACCCGGAGUGGUUGCUCCUCUGGCCUACAGUGCUUACUCAGCUCCCUUGGCUUACUCUGCACCCUUGGCUUACUCUGCUCCUUUGGCCUACACUGCUCCUGCUGCUGCUGCUGUUGUUGGACAUGCCUCCUAUGUUGCCCCCUAUGCCUCCAGCUAUAAUGCCCAUCACAUUGCCCACUCAGCUGCCUUCCCUGCUGCCUAUGCUGCUGCUCCAGUUGUAGCUGCCGCUCCAGUAGCCACUCCCUUUGCUGCUCCCCUUUUGUUGAAGAAGUAA